UGAGGCGCUUGCUCUUGCGCUCAUUACCGCUCCGCCGGCCGGCCCUGCGCACACGCCGCGCGCUCACACCACACCGACGCACUUCCUACGACAUGCUACCUUAUAUCUCGAGAUACAACAUGGAGAACUUCACUAAGUCACACUUUUGGCUUGCGGCUGCGGCAUUAUUAGCCGCCUGCGGUGUCUGCGCUGGCGCCGGUGUCGGCAACAGGCGACCGUUUACACCGACCGAUUCAAUUUUGGAUAUUAUCAACACCAAGGAAGUUGAGAAAUUACUCGCAGAACGUCGACGAGCUGAGCAAGCCUCGGCGUCCACUUACGUGAGGAACGAGCUUGAUGAUGGCAGCUCAGAGACCAUGAUCGUCUCCGCUCCAGACCCUGAAGAAAACACUGAAAUACCACCCGGAAUCGAAUUCAGAAAAAUUCUUAAAUCAUCCAAAAAUGCCCUCGUCGUCACCAAGAAGGAAUACCUUAAGGAAGAUUGGUGUAAAACGGAACCGUUAGUUCAAAAGAUACGUGAACCAGGUUGCUUACCGGCUACAGUGAUUAACAAGUUUUGUUACGGACAGUGCAAUUCGUUUUACAUACCAAAGGGCCCUCGGCGGCGAGAUGGCGAGGAGCGACCUCCACCAGCCUUCAAAUCUUGUUCGUUUUGUAAGCCCAAAAAAAUGACGUGGGUGACAGUAAAGCUGCGUUGCCCGGGCCAGAACCCACCCUAUAGACUUAAGCGACUGCAGAAGAUUAAACAGUGCAAGUGUUUACCAGUAGGGGUCAAUUGAUAGUAAACUGGAGACGGACCCUCCACACAGAGGCGGUGCAACCAUCGUGGCUUGCAGCCGAAGAGUUCAGCUUCGUAGAAGCAUCCGAUAGCGGCAAUAGGUCGAAAGGCAGCAGUCGGGGGCCAAAAAGCACUGAUUCCCCGAGAGAGCUAUAUAAGCGAAGACUAUUGCUCCACAUUGAACUGUAUCCGAACUGAUUGACUAAACAGAUCUUGCUCUCAUACGUCAAUAGAAAUGACGUCAUUUGAUGCACUUCAUAUCCACUGGCAAAGCUUUGAUUGUAGUGUUAGUGUAGUUGCGGCCUAUGAUGAAUUAAUGAACUGUAAAAUCAUGAAACACUGAAAUUGCGUCUAACGUGAUACUUCGUAGCGUAUGUAUUCAUACGAUAUUGAAUGUGUUAUAUCAGUAUAUCAAGAGACAGGUAACGUAGGCGUAGGUUGUAAUUAUGUUAGUAGAAGAUACAAUAGAAUUCGUAUCACAAAACAUUAGUAUUCAUGUUUAUUUAUUUUUAUAUCGUAAUAUUAGUCUAAUCGAAAUACGCUUAUAUGUAGGUAAUAGAUACUUAUAACAUGUUGCAAUUUUGUCUUGUUAUGUUUAAAACACAUUUGAUAUUACGGACUUUACGUAGGCAGUCAGCUUUAAUGGCGGGACGGAAAUACUGUGAUCUCUGUUUGCUAGCACUCAAGACAUGCAUUUGUUUACAUAAUAAAAACAUUUGUAUGAUGUUAUUUAGGUAUAGAUAGACAUUGAUGAUAGUGUUCAUAUUUGUGACUGUACUUAUUUUGCAUGUACUCUACUUAGUAAAAAUAUUGACUUAAAUGUAUAGUAAUUUUUAAUUUGAAAUAUUUUUUGAUAAUUAAAUUGAAUGGCAUCAUAGGUGAAAUUUUUCAGAUUAAUAAAAUUUCAUGUCAUUUCUAAAUGUUAUUGAGUUAAAGUGGAAAAAGACAUAACUAAGUUAUAUUCAAAGUAUUUAUUCCACGACUAUUUGCAAAUGGAAUUGUUAACUAGAAAAUUACAUGUCUUUCUUUUUGUUGUAUUGUUGGUUAAGUAAUUAAAAAUUGCCGAGUAAAUCUUACAGGAACAGAUUUAUAGUGCGUUUUAUCCAGUUUCUACGGUAUCCAUGCCAUGAGUGUCAAUGUUUUUUUUAAUAUGGCCGUAUUUAUUACCCAUGUUUUAUAUAUGAAUGUAUGAAUUUAUUUAAAAAAAUAAGGAUUUCGAGUACGACAUUCUAUCUUUUAAAAUUAUCUUGCCUAUGUACUUAUUGUGUACUUAUAAAUUAAGUGGGUACUUAAGUGAUUUUUUUUUUAAGUUUCUGUAAAGGAAAAAUGAAAAGAAUUGUGACAUGAUCACAGAGACAGCAGUGCUGUUUAAACGUUUUACUUGUAAUUUUGACAUGAAUAAACAAAUUGUUUACA